AUGCUCCGCCGCACCCCCACGACAAUCACGCUCACGCAAAACGACAUUGAGCAGUGGGAAGCGGUGCGCCAGCGCAAGUUGUACGAGGCCAAGCAGCAACAGGCGGAGCAGGAGCAGCAGGCUGCGAGUCGGGAGGAGGCCAAGGCGAGGAGUAAGAAGGAUAGGAUUAUGGGGGCUUGA